GGGCUCUAUUUUCCGAUGCCGCCGAAUCACAAGCCCAGCCCAGCUACACUUGCCUGUUUCGGUUUGCAUCUGUCUCUCUGCAGAGUGUGGAGACGACAAGGCAGCCACGCCGGCCGGAUCACCACCGCCACCGCGCCGGGCCAACCCUUGUACAGCCAGCCGGGCUCCCUCGCGCCGGCGGCACAGCGAUUCUCCCGAACUCAUCACCACCCCACUCCGGCCGGCCGGCCGCCCGUCCGCCCAUGGCCGUGGCGACCACCGGCAUCAGCAGGGCAAGCACGGCGCGGCGAGUCCCGCUUCAUCCUGCGCUGCGACAUAUCAGCCUCGCCCUCACCUUCCGCAUACCCCCUCCGCCUCUCGAGGAGCGAGGUGAAUAAGAGGCUCAUUAACGUGGAUUGCCUUCAGUGCCGUCGACAAAUUGAAGGAGGAUUGCGAGAUGCUGGAACAUUUGUUUUGUUCCCUGCCUAGUUGUUGAAUUCUGCAGCUUCGAACCCCACACACAACCCAGAGUUGUCUUCCAGGUUGAAACUGAUUUGCCAUCAGAGUCUUGUUGUAUGUGUCUUCUCUUCAUUCUUAAUGUUUCGUGUCUGCUAACCUGUUCGGGAGAAUCAACAUCUCAUACUGGUUGAUUGCGGUCUACCAUGGAGGCUAUAUCACUUGAAAGCUGUAUUGAAUGUGUCGUUGGCAAAAUACGCCGACAUAAUCAGUAUCUCAGCACGACUUGUGUCUUUUACUGUCGUAUUUCUUAUGUGCAUCAGAGGAAAUGUGCUCUCUAGGCAUGUCGGGCCGUACCGAGUCCAAGACUUAAUGAAUAUAAUAUCGUCCUGUCCAGUGAUCAAUACAAAGGACACUUGAAUUCGGUUUCUAA